AUGCUCGCCUGGUCGCUCGCCUCCCUCUUUCUGCUCGGCGCAGUCCAUGCUGCCAUCGACUGCAACUCCAUUCCGACGUCUUUGUGGUGUUCCAACAAGGAUAUCGAGUCUCAAUGUGGAUUCACUGCUCAGUGCGACAAGUGAGUUCACGGCAUUCUCCCUUCGAAAGCCUGAUUUCUUCAGACAUCGCUCUGCAGUCCACAACCAAAAGAUCAACAUCACCGUCCUGAUCGAAGCGCUGUGCCCGGAUUGCCAGAACUUCCUGACGAAGCAGCUUUACCCAAUUGUCUACAAGAACUUUGCUGAUUUCGUGAACAUUGAGCUGGUUCCAUUCGGAAACGCGAAGAUCUUGGAGGACGGAUCCAUCAAGUGCCAGCACGGAGAGGAAGAAUGCUCCAUCAACAAGUUCGAGGGAUGCUUCAUUGAUUCCCUGCAGGAUCAGAGCCCGCUUCCAACCCUUUCCUGCAUCGAAGAGAGUCUUCAGCGCAAGGUCGAGUUUGCAGACGCCGUUCAGCAAUGCUUUGAGAAGUUGCAAAUCGGAGGAGACAUCCAAAGACUGACCCAGUAAGAAAUCUAUUUGAAGGAAGUGAACUUAACUAUUCCAUUCCAGAUCGUGCUUGGUUUCGAAGCUCGGAGCUGAUCUUCAGACCAAGGCCGCUGCCACCACCAACAAUGUCUGGCCAGAAAAGGUUGUCAAACUUGCUCUAAUCUCUGCUUCAACAGUAUCCUUUUCAGCACCAGUUCGUCCCAUGGAUGGUCGUGAACGGAGUCUCUCUCACCAGUCUCCAGGGCUUCCAGAAUCAAUUGCCAACUCUUCUGUGUGAGUGGUAUUCUGGAGACAAGCCGAUUCCGUUCUGCGAGGCCUCCCUCAAGCUCAAGUACAAGAAGGCCAGUGUCCGUCACUUCUUCUAA